CGGAGGAUAAGAACACCCAGAGGCAUCUCUCCGGCUGGGCGAUGAGGAACACCAACAACCACAACUGUCAGAUCCUGAAGAAGUCGUGUUUGGGCGUCGUCGUUUGUUCGCGCGGCUGCUCGCUAACCGACGGCUCGCGGCUAACGCUACGACCCGCCAUCUGUGACAAGGCCCGGCAGAAACAGCAGAAGAAGCUGUGUCCGAGCUGCACCGCCACCCUGGAGCUGCUGCCCUGCAGGGGGCACAGCGGGUACCCCGUCACCAACUUCUGGAGGGUGGACGGGAAGAACAUCUUCUUCCAGGCUAAAGGCGUCCACGAUCACCCCCGCCCCGAGUCCAAGUCUGAGACGGAGGCCCGCAGGAGUUCAGUGAAGAGACGGGUCAGCUCCCCCCCGUUCACCCCCAAGAGACGCCUGAUGGACCCUCAGGCCCUUGGUCCCGCCCUCCUCUCCUGUGUUGACCCGUCAGACAGAAUCUCCUUCAUGGAGCCCAACUACUCGCAGCAUUACCCAGCAUUCCAGAGCCCGGAGCCCUACUACAACCCCCACAAUGCACUGGGAGAGGCUCCUCCCACACUGCAGAAACCAGCCAAUCCCAGACUGUACAUGAGCCGGCCUGGAUACGACUUCCAGGGAUACCUGAGCACGCCUUCCUACCCCAUGACCUCCGACCUCUGUGACCCCAGGGUGAAUCCGGUCCUCGGCCCCUCCUCUUCCUCAUCUUCCUCCUCAGCGCCACCCCCCUGCUCCUCCUUUGACCCCCAGGCUAAAUCCCCCCCCGGCUGGAAGGAGCUCCUGAAGACCUCGACCCCCUACAGCGACAACCACCAUUACUACAGCGAGUACCCCUGCCGUUACCCUGGCAAUGCCCCGGGGUCCCCAGCAGCCCUGCAGACCAUCAUCACCACGACCACCAAGGUGAGCCUAUCAGGAGAUAGUAGUAACAACCAUG